GGUGCUCAUGACUCGAAAUUACUUGUUUAAACAGCUCUGAGCUGUUUGGUACCUGGUUCACCAACAGAUUUGCAUCAUGGUUACCCGGUUACUAUGUAUGAUAAAAUAAUCCCAACAAAUGACAUCAGCCCUCGCCACACAGGUCUAUAUAUCCACCCAUUUCUCUCGCCUAUUUCACAACAAACAACCUCAUCUCUACCUAUACAAACGAAUCCGCUCGAACCGAUAAACUGCAAAAUGUCCAACAUGCAGUCCUCCUCCCAAUCUUUCUUCUCUGCCUCGAGCUCCAGCUACAGCUCCGACGGCCAGCAGCACACUGAAUCCGGCCACCGCUACACUACCUCUUCGCACACCGAGCCCGACGGCACGACCACUGUCCGCACAAUCCAGCAAGAUCUUGGCCAGCCCGUUAUCGUCGAGGAGCGCCGCUUUGACGAGCAGGGACGAGAGUUAGCUGCCUUGCCUGACGCGAAAUCCGAGGGUAUGACGAGGAGGAUUGAGGAUGUUGAUGAGGAGGAUGACUUUGAGAAAACCAGUUGAGAAUUGUUUCAACAGUGACACAAGGAGAAUGGGAUGAUUCUAUGACGCCAUGAAAUUGAUUUGAGAUGGAGAUGUACUCUUAUGCUCUGCUCUGUUUAUCUAGUCGUAAAUGCCAUAAUUUUCCGAUGCAGUCGUUUCAAGUUGUGUAUAAUUGCUCCCUGUCCUGUAUAGUGUAUACCGUAUUGCUUUCUCUUAUGCUAGAUCUUAUGGCAGCCGAACUCUCCCCUCCGACCAGCGGUGUUUUGCACGGUGUACAAGGCCUGGCAACUCAUAAGCCCAGUGACAUAGCAUUCCCGCCACGAACCCUAUAGCGUCGUUUUUAAACCCGAUCAGUAGUCCUACUGUAAUCAUCAUGACCAUCCACCUGCGCGUUCGCUC